AUGAAUUCUGCCAUGGACGGAAAAACUGUUUCCACUCCUCAAUCCUUUUUAACGCUGCUCAGCAGCCCAUUCCAUCUUAUCAUCACCGCCCUUGAGCCUAUCUUCAAAUAUUUAUUCAUCUCUUUCUGGAAAAUUGUCAAUGCCUUUAUCAAGUGGCACAAACUCCCCACAUGGCUCGGCGUCUUCAAUCUCCUCGCUCUCCGCUAUGAGCUCCGACAGAAGAAUUUAUAUGAUACUUCUCCCAAUGCUGAAUUCCAGGGCACAAAGAAGGGAUGCCCUAUGAACGACUCAAAGUUCAUCGCCGCUAGGAAUUCAGAUGGUCUAUUUAAUGAUCUGGGUGAACCAAAGAUGGGUUGCGCGGGCAUGAGAUUCGGUCGCAAUGUGCCGAGGAAGUAUACCAAGCCGCCUACUCAGCAAGAACUUCUCACUCCAAGCCCAAGAAUCAUCUCUGAGAGAAUCCUUGCUCGACCAGAAGGGAAAUUUAAACCUGCUGAGAUUGUUAACCUCCUUGCUGCAGCUUGGAUUCAAUUUCAGGUCCACGAUUGGGCGCAGCACUCCUUCAACACAGAUAGUGAGAGAGAUGUUGAAAUUCCUUUGGGUAAAACCGACAGGUGGUCCGAUUCAGAAAUGAAGGUCCCACGUACCAAGCGAUCUGAAGUUUUAUCUAGCCAAGACGCUGAGACUCCUGCUUAUGAUAAUGAGAAUACACAUUGGUGGGAUGCCUCGCAGAUCUACGGCUCAACCGAAGCCGAGACAAGAGCUCUGCGCUCCCAGUGUGACAAGUCUACACCUGGUCAACUUGAUGUGACAACUAGCGGAGGCGAGCAAUUCCUUCCUCGAGCUGAAGAUGGAAUCCCAAAGACAGGAUUUCGUCAGAACUGGUGGUUGGGUCUCGAGCUUCUGCACACCCUCUUUGCUCUUGAGCACAACGCCAUUGCUUCGCAGCUUCACCAAUCCAAUCCUGCUUGGUCGAGUGAUCGCAUCUUCGAUACUGCGAGGCUCAUCAACUGUGCCCUCAUGGCCAAGAUUCAUACUACCGAGUGGACACCUGGUAUUCUGCAGCAUCCCGCGCUGAAGAUUGGAAUGGAUGCGAACUGGUGGGGACUACUGGGUGAUAAGUUAUGGCACGUUUUCGGCCGUCUUUUUAACAAUAAAUCAGAAGUCCUUUCUGGCAUUCCAGGUUCAGACGUCGACCACGAUGGCGUCCCUUACUGCCUCACAGAAGAGUUCGUCUCGGUCUACCGCCUCCAUCCUCUGAUACCCGACAACGUGGCCUUCUUCAGCAUCAAAGACGGCGAGCACAAAGGCACCCUUCCCAUCAAAGAAGUCGCCUUCGAGUCAGCUCGCAAGCCUUUUGCCAAAAAGGAAAACGACAACACGGGCCUUGAACUCAACUUUGCUGAUGUCUUUUACUCUUUCGGUGUUAACUACCCAGGUGCCAUCAGAGCGCACAACAUGCCCAACUUCUUGCGUGACCUGCAUAUCCCAGGAGACAAGGACUUUCCGAAAGGUCGACAUCUGGAUAUGGGCGCGAUUGACAUUCUUCGCGAUCGUGAACGCGGUGUUCCUCGUUAUAAUGCUUUCCGUCGCCUGUUCCACAUGCCACCCGCCAAGAGCUUCAUUGACCUCACAGGUGGCGAUGCAGAAUUAGCUGCUGAGCUCGAAGAAGUCUACGAGAACGACCUCGAGGCUGUCGAUCUUCUCGCCGGGACACUCAGCGAGCCGCUACCUCAAGGUUUUGGUUUUAGCGACACUGCUUUCCGCGUUUUUAUACUCAUGGCCACCCGUCGAAUCAAGUCUGAUCGCUUCCUCGCGGGAGAUGGCUGGUGUCCUGAAGUUUACACACGUGAAGGCAUUGACUGGGUGCAAAAUAACACUAUGAAGGAUGUUUUGUGCAGACAUUUCCCUGAACUUGCUGCGCCGUUGCAUGAUGUCAAGAAUGCUUUUGCGCCGUGGACUAAGAUUGGUGAGACUGCAGCUUACACGGGUCCUGAAACAAACAAAGCCAAGGCUUAG